AUGCAGGUUGCAAACUCACGAAGAGACCUGCUCUUUCUCGGCAGGUUCUGCCCUGUGGGACUGAACUCUGCUGGCCUUGGGGUGUGUGUUUUCAAUCUGCAUGACAGGCAGACGGAUGGCUUUGAGAAACCGGCGGUCAGUGUGCAGACCCUGGUUUGGGAGCUUCUCCUCUGCGGCCACUCCCUGCGCUCUGCGCUGGCGUGGAUACAACAGCUGAAGCUGCCGCCAAUGUGCGGUAGUGCGCUGCUGCUGGUCGAUGCGAGCGGCGCUGCCACCGUGGAGCUGAAUCCAGGUGGCCCUGUGAUCGGUGAUGUCAAGCUGAAAGACCCCAUUAUGCGUGCCAACCACCCCAUUCUUUCACAGUCUACUGCAACAUUCGCGGCUGGAAAGAAGGCGCGGCGUGACUCGGAGCGCCGCAUGCAGGCAGUGGAGGCAGAGAUAGAGCGGCGAAAGGGUGCAGACGAGCAAGAGCAGUUUGAUGGCAGCGCUGCCAUCUCUGUACUGCGGAAGGCCAAGAAGGUGAGAAAUCUUGCGACCCUUGCAGUCAUUGGUCUUGACCUUCUCCAAGGCCGUCUGUUGGUGGAGUUCCGGGAGCGGCAAUCGAUUUCCAACGUGGAGGCUGCGAGAUUUGCUGUGGAGCUUGGCUUGACGCCCAAGAUUGUAGAUCGUGCCCUCACACAGGGAGGUCUUCAGAUGGACUGCCCCUCAGUCUGCCAGUUCUGGGACCUUCACACCAACAUAGCGCCAUGGAAUGUGUUACGCUGCAUUGGGCCUGCAGCAUCCUGCAAUAUCCUGCGAAUUGCGGCAAGCAUGUCCUGUAGCAGUGCAACACCAAGCGUCAAGUCGAGCUCCUCUCUUGGCAUUGGCAUUCAACGGGGCAUGAAGAUGCAGAAAUGCACGAAGCACCGCCUUGCCAAGCACUUGGGAGGUUGGUGCAAUCAUGCACUGCGGGGCUCCCAUCACCCUCCAUCUGUCCGAGGGCAUCAAGUCUAUGACCUAGUCGACUCCAGCCCAAAGGGCCGUAUGCCCUGUGCUCCCAUGUUCUUGGAUGAUCGACGAGUCGGAAUCACAUUUGCUGGCCUUGCCGUGCUAACUGCCAUCGGCUGGUCCGCUUUCUCCUACCCAUCCAGGCCCGUGCACGUCAAACAGCGGCCCGGUCUUCUGGAUGGCAUCCUGUCUUUGGUUCUCCCGCCGGAGGACGAGCAAUACAUGGUGAUGAAGAGGAAGCGCUUGAUGGGCCGUGCCCUUGGAUCCGGGUACAUGCUUGCUGGCUUCUCAGCACCGAUUGCCACCCACAGUACGACCUCGGAGCCCUGUGAGCCGCUGCCCCAGUGCGCAGGCACGUCAUCAAGCUUUGCAACCAUUCUGUCCCGCGGGGCACCCAAUGACCAGUUGUACGGGCGUGGAGGCUGUGCAGUGGCGACUUUAUCGUACGCCCUGCUCUUGGCAGCACGCAGUCCUUACAAGCAGUCCCGCAGCGAAGCUUUCGGCGUGUCGAAGUGCGUACUCUGGGCGAGUGUUUGCAGGCUCGAAGUCCUGAGACCCGUCGGAGGGAAGAAGGAAGGGGAGGCGGCCAACCCACUCAAUCCCGUGCGUGUGGGCUUGGUGGCUUUCCUGGCUUUGUUCUUGGCUUGUCAGGUCCACAUGUUCAAGCUUUCACGCUCGUUUUACGUUUGCUACUACGAGUACUGCGCUGAUAUCAUUUUCUCGGUACAAAUGCCAAGAACUCAUCGCGAAGGCAAGCGUGACGACCUCAUCCAGCAGGUCCUGGACCGGGUCAAGCGCUUCAGGAGGGCCGUGGCUCCGAAACGCCCAAGCGAUGGCCAGCCGGUGCCAGAAGCAGAAGGCAUGGAUAAUGCAAUUCUGGUGGAGGCACAAAGGCGGGUGAUCGUGCUUAACCGCUUCCGCAUGAUGGAGCAAACUGCCAAGGAGCAGGGCGUGGAAAGUGGCCAGCUUUCGGAGGCAUGCAGGCUUCUGACGUGGGCUAUGGCAGAUGCUUCUUUCUCCGCGGAGAAGCUCAGCCUCAGCAUCGAGGAGUUCAAGACCUGUGGAGGCACUGCAGUGCGAGCGUCCGCUCCAGCCCAGAUGCUCCUUAAGCGUGCAAUCUUCCAAAUGAAGCUCUGGAAUUGGAGGGACAGGCUAAGGGAAGAGCGCAAGGAGCUCAAGAGAGCGACUGAGCAGAUGGUGCAGAUGGAAAUGAUGGACCAAGAGCAUACGAAGCGCUUUCCAGGCAGGCCGAUGCGCAAAGAAGAGGUGGAGAAAAUUGUGCAGGCAAGGAAUCUUCUGGGGCGCAAGGUGCGGCAGGGCCAAAGCUUCCGACAGCAGCUGCACUUCGAAAUGGCGGAGGCGGAGGCGGUGCUACGCCGCAGCCUUCGGAGUGCAGCAGGGCAAAGGCAGCUGAGCCUUCAAGAGCAAAAUGCACGCUUCCACCCUGAGCGGACUCUGACCGUGGGGAAGGAGAAGGGCUGGUGGCGCCGCUGUGUGGUGUAUUGCAGCGUAGUUCAGCGCAGCAUCAGUAUGUUGAAAGUUUGCCUCUUUACGGAUGGAGACGAAGCUCAAGCCCCAGCAAACGGAGCGCUGUUCUUCCAUCUGCCCAGCCGAUGUUCGCUUCCAGACGAAGGUGCCCAGCUUCGAGACAAGAGACUGCACUGUUGGAAUUUGUUUGGACAUGAGGCAUUUCUUGGCUUUGCCUUUCCCCUCAAGAAAGUUGAGCGCUGCCUGCAGCAUGCUGAGCUGCGGGGACAGGAUGGAACAGCCACUGCCCACUCGGCUGUGCUUCGAGCAGUCUCACAGCCAUUUCGACAGAUGCUCAACACUGAGAUGUCAGAGGGCCAGUAUCUCAGCCUCCAGGAUCCCAACGUCGCCAAGGGCCAAUGGGAUCCAAUGGGUCAAUGUCGUGACAUCUUGCACGUGUAUGCACUUGUUUCCCGCGCCGUUACGACCCGAGCUGACCUGCUCUUCUUCCUCCGGCUACUGUACACUGGCCAGGUGGAUGAGGCUGACUGGGAUGGCCUGUCAGGGACGCCCCACUUCCAAGCACCGCUGCGGCAGUGGGACAUGCGACUCAUGCGACCGUCAACAUGCGGUAAAGCAAUAUAA